CAACUUACGGUGGUGGUCGGGCGAUUUCGACCGGCAGGGCCGGCCAGGGACCCCACGGGUCGCUAUGAUCACAUUAGCAUGUUGACAAGGAGCACAAUGAGCGAUGAGCGAUGAACGAUACCGGUGCAGGCGGAUCUCCACCCCCGUCGUGCGGAGCGCGCGCACCUCCAAAAAGAAAGGCAUGUUGCUGUUGCUGUUGCUGGUGCGGUCGGCUUGGUGGUGUUGUUGGUGGUGGAAUUGUGAAAGUGAGCGGAGCGAGGUGGACUUCACACGCGGCAUCGUCAUUCAAGCAACUGGGCUGCAGAUCUUGCAUGAGGCAGGAGCUGAUACUGGACUACUGGGAAUGGACUGAACAAUCAACUUGUCGAAAUAUAUGGAUUCCAUUGACUAGACACAUCGCUACUCUAUCUCAGAAGCAAUAAACACUCGAUCAGUGAUACAAUAUGAAGACAAGAUUUGAAAAAAAGCGUGUGAAAGGCAGAGCGUCGAGAAUACAGAAUACCACAACGCCAAGUGACGCGGCCGACAGACGCUGAGUAGAAUGCUAACAAGGCCAUGCGAGAAUAUCACGCAGAUGCACAAUGCACCCAACACGAACAUCACCAGAACGCUGACCAGCAGCGCCCAACACAGCACGACUUACCAGAAUCUCCGCAGCGCCUACUCCUCAGACAAAUCAUCAGAAUCGACAGAAGCAUCCGACUCCUC